AUGUUAAUUGACAAAUUGCCUUCGAACAGUUCGUUAAACAAGCAAUAUCCAAGCUUGGAUUCCCAUCGUGAGAUUAACUGGCAACAGGUGCCGCAAGCAUUUCCUUCACCUACUGAGGAUUUCCGCGUGCAGUGUCGAUUCUCGUUAAUUCGCUUGGCGAAGAAAAUUAUAUGGACUGUAGUCGAAAUUUGGGAGCUUUGA